CUCUGGGUGCUGGUAAUGAAGUUGGGAGAUCUUGUCUAGUGAUCCAGUACAAGGGCAAGACAGUAAUGGUACUAAAGAUUUCCAUCACACAAUACCAACUGAAAGAAAGUUGGAUACGAAAGAAUAUACUUGAUGCGGGUGUCCACCCUGCUUAUACUGGACUUGCUGCUCUGCCGUUUUAUGAUGAAAUUGAUCCUGCAACAGUUGACGUUUUGCUUAUUAGUCACUUUCAUUUGGAUCAUGCCGCCUCGUUACCAUAUUUUUUGGAAAAGGUCGGUCUAUCUUUUCAUGCACACAGUCCAUCAUUCUUGACAACGUUUCAAGGGCGUGUGUUUAUGACACAUCCGACGAAAGCUAUCUACAAAUGGCUGUUAUCCGAUUAUGUGAGAGUCAGCAAUGUUGCGUUAGACGAGUCGCUUUAUGACGAGCAAGAUCUUUUGCGCAGCUAUGAUAAGAUCGAGGCAGUGGACUAUCACCAGGAAGUUGAAGUUGAGGGUAUAAAGUUUACGAGCUAUAAUGCUGGUCAUGUUCUAGGAGCGGCCAUGUUCUUGAUCGAAAUUGCCGGGGUGAAGAUUUUGUAUACUGGUGAUUAUUCGAGAGAAGAGGAUCGACACUUGAUGGCAGCUGAGUUGCCACCUGUUCAGGCCGAUGUAUUGAUCACUGAAUCUACUUAUGGCGUUCAGAGUCACGAACCCCGAUUGGAAAAGGAGGCAAGAUUUACUGGCUUGGUUCAUAAGAUAGUACAACGUGGCGGUCGUUGUCUUAUUCCUGUGUUUGCUUUGGGUCGUGCCCAAGAAUUGCUCUUGAUUCUUGAUGAAUAUUGGGAGGCUCAUCCUGAGUUAGAGUCGGUGCCCAUCUAUUAUGCCUCAUCCUUGGCAAAAAAAUGUAUGGCGGUCUAUCAGACGUACAUUAACAUGAUGAAUGCCAAAAUCCGCAAGCAGUUUGCCAUAUCGAAUCCUUUUGUUUUCAAACACAUUUCAAAUUUAAAGAAUAUGGACAAUUUCGAUGAUGUGGGACCUUGUGUGAUGAUGGCUAGUCCUGGUAUGUUGCAGAGUGGCCUUUCGCGGGAACUCUUUGAGCGAUGGUGUCCUGACAAGAGAAAUGGCCUUGUCAUCGCAGGUUACUGUGUCGACGGAACUAUGGCGAGGCAUGUCAUGAAUGAACCACCCGAAAUUACAUCUUUGUCGGGUGCCAAGAUUCCGUUACGUAUGGAGGUUGACUACAUAUCUUUCUCUGCUCACGUUGACUACACUCAGAACAGUAAAUUUAUUGACGAGAUCAAGGCUCCUCAUGUGGUGCUCGUUCACGGUGAAUCCAAUUCUAUGGCUAGAUUGAAAUCUGCUCUACAGAGCAAGUAUAACGAACGUGAGGAAAAUAUUAAGAUCUAUUCCCCAAAAAAUUGUGAGACGGUAAAGUUGCAUUUCAGGGGUGAAAAAUUGGCAAAGACGAUAGGUAAACUCGCCGCCAAAUACCCCAUAGAGCAACAGCUCGUUUCCGGAAUCAUAGUAUCCAAAGAUUUUCAGUUCAACAUCAUGGACCCUGUUGAUUUGAAAGACUUUAGUGGCAUUUCUACGUCUGCGAUAAUUCAAAAGCAAACCAUCGCGUACCAUUCUUCCUUUUCCCUGUUAAAGUAUCACUUGGAGCAAAUGUAUGGUCCACUCGAAGAGAAUUUGGAUAACGACAGCAUUCCGACCAUGACGAUACUGGAUGCAAUUAAGGUCAGGCAUCUCAGCAAAAGCCAAGUUCAACUCGAAUGGUUAGGAACCUCAAUGAAUGACAAGAUCGCCGAUUCCGUACUAGCGGUGUUAUUGAACAUCGAGAGUAGCCCGGCUUCGGUCAAAG